AUGGACUGGUCUAUGAAUGCCGUCCUCAGAAACCUCGAACUUCGUGGCUCGACUAUGGGAUCGAGGAAGGAAUUCAAAGACAUGGUUGCAUUCGUCAACGAGAAAAAGAUCAAGCCUAUUGUGUCAAGAACGGUCAAGGGGAUUGACAAUCUCAAGGAUAUUGAUGGGUUGUUUGAGGAUAUUAGGAAUGGUUCGCAGUUUGGGAAGUUGGUUAUUGAACUUGUUCCUGAUGAGAAUGGUGGGAGCAAGUUGUAA